UGACUUCCAACUCACAUUUCUUUCACUUUUAGUUGAAACAUUCUCAUUUUUUAUUUUCUUUUUUCGGUGCCAAUCCUUUUUGGCCUGUAAAGCAAAACCCACCUUGCAGUGCAAACCCAUCUCACUAAUCCCCCCAAAACCACACCAUUAAUUUAGAGAGAAACAGAUGACGAUAGCAAAUGUAGUCAGUCAGGAAAUAUAACUCCUUUCUUUCUUUUUGUAACUAAUCCUUCAGAUCUGUGGCCUUAAGCCCUCAUUUUUCUUCCAAAAAGUAUGGGUUUGUUAUCUUUUACUUCAGGAAUCAAGACACCACUUGCAGAAAAUUGAAGAAUUUUCUACUGUUGAUGUAUGGUGGGAUUUUCAAGGUUUGAUUUUUAAGCAGAGAUUAUCCAGAAGCAAUUCGUUGUCCCAGGGAAAUAAGAGAAGGGCUUCUGCAAGAAUAGUUGUUAUUCUUCUGUCAAUGAGAGAUAUUAGGUUUUUUCCCACCAAGAUUGGCUUGUUGGUGUUCUAGUUUGCUUGAAAAGGAGAACCUGGCUUUAUGACUUCACCAUUAAGUAGAACACCCACCCAUUUUUGACAAAUUACGGAUUGAUUUAGAGUUGGAGAAAGGUGGGGUUUUUUCUUGUGGUAAAGAUGAUUCAGUUAUUGUUCUUGGUUCUCUUUGCUGAGGGCGCGGUGGCAUUCCUUCUAAUGGUGAAGAUUGGGUUACUGAGAGAGCUGGUGAUGAAGGGUUUGGAUCAGGUGAAGAUGAGAAAGGGCACUGUUUUGACUGUUGCAAGUGUAAUGUCUGUGAUCCUCUUUUUCAACUUCAUUAGUAUUGUCAAGAUUCAGAACAAGGGUGCUAAGGUUGGUACCAUGACACCGAUGGAUCAGGUUCUUUGGAGGACCCAUGUGCUGGAGGCUUCUCUCAUGGGGUUCUCUCUGUUUCUUGGAUUUUUAAUUGAUCGAAUGCACCAUUAUCUUCGAAAACUGGCCGGUUUGAGAGGUACUGUGGUAGCUUCAAGACAGGAAGUUGAAAGGCUUGAAAAAGAAAAACUGCAGCUUAAAAAAAAGGAGGAGAACGCCAAAGAAAAUAUAAAGCAGCUCCAGAAAGAAAUUUCAGAUUUAACUGAGAGUUUGAGCAAGCUUAAGUUGGAGUCUGCAGAGAAGGAAAAACGGGUAGAAACUGCUGAAUCUCAUGUUGCUGCACUCCAGAAACAAGCUGCUGAUCUACUACUGGAAUACGAUCGUUUGUUAGAAGACAACCAAAAUCUUCAGACCCAAGCUCUAGGAUAUAGGAGCUGAGAACUUUUGGCAUAACUACUAUUCAAGCUUUGGUCAGAGGUGAUGUUAAUCAAGCAUCUACUCAAUUGCACAGUAAGUAUUCUGGCUCAGCCCCUCCUAUAGGAGGAGGAAUUGGAGUAGAGGCUAGUUCUUUUGUUCAGUGUUAUUGAAAAUUUUGUAUCUUUUCCCCCUGGAUUGAGAGUUUGUAUCAUCUAAAUUGCUUAUUGAGGCGGAAUUUACAUUUUCAUCUUGGUUUUUAGCUAAUGAGUAAUUUGAUUCAAGCUAUCAAUGAAACGCUG